AUGGAGAAGGCAUCGCUGUGGGCUGGGCUCAGCCAGGGAGCACGCAGCGGCAUCGCCGGGCAUUACGCACGGCCUGGCGAGCGUGCUGGUGAACGUGCGAUGCCAGCGGGAUCUUCGAUGUUAGGCGAGCUAGGAGCGGUAGUUGUGGAUGCUAGGCAUGGGGCUACGCAAGUGCAGGAAGAAGGGAUGCCAGGAGUUAGGCACCAU